AUGACUGAUAUGACCCCACGGGAAAGAGAUUUACCGGAAGUAGCUGUGCAGGCAUCUCUAAUGCAGCUUCCUUCCUGUACCUGUAGCUGUUUGUGCCACUUGAUCGCUAUUCACUACAGUCAUAUCGUUGUUUUUAUAAGGAACACACUGCUGUUGUCUCAGCACUUAAUACGGUGGUUUCAUGCAGGUCUUAGUGUUACAUCACUGACUAUGAACAAGAUGAAGAAGCUGCCUGAGCAGAUCCUGAAUCACAUCCUGGAGAUUCUCUACCUGCUGACGGGAGAGCGUGUGAAUAACUCACUGACAGCGAGUCACAUGACCGGGGACAAGAUGACAACAGAGAGGAUAUUGACCCACACCCUGCAGAUCAUGUACCUGCUGACAGGGGAGGUGCCUAUAAAGUGUGAUGAUGUUGCUGUGUAUUUCUCUAUGGAGGAGUGGGAGUAUAUAGAGGGACACACAGAGCUUUACAAGGACGUCAUGAUGGAGACUCACCAAGCACUAAGGACUAUGGAGAUCCCAGGAAAUGAGAGAUCAGGUGAAAAUGAUGCUAAGAUUUCAUGUAACACGGAACAAACAGAAGAUCAGUGGCAAAGAAAUAUGCUAGAAGCUGCAGAGCAGGAAAUAUGUGACAAUAUAAGUACAGAUGAAUUCACAAACUACAUUAAUCCUAGUCAUGAUCAGAGUGCAGAUGCUUCUUUACAUCUUCUUCAAAAUCAAAGAAGCCACAUGGAAAAUGUAUGUUCUGAAUGUGGGAAAUGUUUUCUUAAGAAAUCACAUCUUCUUAAACAUCUAAAACUUCAUACAGGAGAAAAGCAAUUUUCUUGUCCUAUAUGUGGCAAAUGUUUUAACCGUAAAAACAUUCUUGUUGCUCAUCAGAAAAUUCAUACAGAAAAAAAAGGAUUUUCAUGUUCUGACUGUGGAAAAUGUUUUACUCAGAAAUCAACUCUUGUUAGGCAUCAGAAAGUUCAUACAGGAGAGAAAGCAUUUUCAUGUUCUCACUGUGGGAAAUGUUUUACUCAGAAAUCAACUCUUAUUCAGCAUCAGAAAAUUCAUACAGGGGAGAAAGAAUUUUCAUGUUCUUACUGUGGGAAAUGUUUUACUCUGAAAUCAAAUCUUAUUACGCAUCAGAAAUAUCACACAGGAGAGAGAGGAUUUUCAUGUUUUGACUGUGGGAAAAGUUUUAUUCUGAAAUCAACUCUUAUUAGGCAUCAGAAAGUUCAUACAGGAGAGAAAGCAUUUUCAUGUUCUCACUGUGGGAAAUGUUUUACUCAGAAAUCAAAUCUUAUUAUGCAUCAGAAAAUUCAUACAGGGGAGAAAGCAUUUUCAUGUUCUGAUUGUGGAAAAUGUUUUACUCUAAAAUCAAAUCUUAUUACGCAUCAGAAAAAUCACACAGGAGAGAAAGGAUUUUCAUGUUUUUACUGUGGGAAAUGUUUUACUCGGAAAUCACAUCUUAUUAUCCAUCAGAAAAUUCACACAGGAGAGAAAGGAUUUUCAUGUUCUGAUUGUGGAAAAUGUUUUACUCAGAAAUCAACUCUUAUUACGCAUCAGAAAACUCAUACAGGGGAGAAAGAAUUUUCAUGUUCUGACUGUGGAAAAUGUUUUACUCUGAAACAAACUCUUAUUAGGCAUCAGAAAACUCAUAUUAAAAUAAAUCAAAGUUUAACCUAAGUGCAGAGGGUGAUACGUAGUUGUCACCCACACAAUACCAAGUGCUGAUGAUGACUGCAUGUGACCCCCUGGGGCAUGCAGUUUUGGAGCUGAGGUGACCCCCGGGUGAAUUUGAUUUAACUCAUGAUUUAAAUCACUAGACAAUAAGACUGAUUUAAAUCAUGGUUUUCAUUUUUAGAAUACGUUUUCAGAUUAUGUUUUCCAGUUAUAUCAGACCAGUACUAAUUUGGUUAUAUAUCAUUAGAUAUGCAUAGAUAGAUCAUUGAAAUUAAUUAAAUGAUUUGGAGGUGAACUAUCUCCAGUUUAAAUUCAUAUUUGAUCAACUUUUCACCUGUUCUUUAUUGGAUGGCGAUAAAUGAUUACAUUAAUAAUAACAAUAUGAAUAGUUUUAUUUAACUAAAACAAUAACUUUAUUUUUCAUUUUUAAUGAUUGCCCCUCCCUCCUCGCACUUAGUUCCUUGUGCAGAUCUAUUCUAAUCCAAACAGUCUCCUAUUCAGUGAGCUUCUUGAAACUUAGUAUGGGUUGAUUCUGUGUACAUAGAUUUGCAGGGGAGCAAUGGCAUUAAUGGAAAGGAAAGUAAAAAUUAAACUUUCAUGAUUCAGAAUGAACAUGCAAUUUUGAACAAUUUUCUAAUUAACUUCACUUCUCUAAUUUGCUUUGUUCUCUUGGUAUUUAUUGUUGAAAAGCCUGCAUAGGUAGGCUCACUCAGAUGCAAUGCACUACAGUGAGCUAUCUGCUUGUCACUGUCUUGCCCAUUGUAUUCAGAUAGGCCCCAGUAGAGCAUGCUCUUCUUCAAUAAAGGAUUCCAAGAGAAUAAAGCAAAUUGGUCAUAGAAGUAAAUCUGAAAAUUGUAUGUUCUAUCUGAAACCCAAAAGUUAUCUUUCAUGAUCAUGUCCCUUUAAAGUCUGUUUAUCAACUCUGUAUCUUAAUUUUAUAACAUUUUGCUGUGAAGAAGGGCAUGAUAUUUCUGCAGAAACAAAUUCACAGUUUUGAGAACUACAAAACAAUAAUAUGUGAUCAUAUCUUAAAGAUUGAAAAAUUGUCCAAAGUAAUCUGACAGAAACCUUUUGGAGUGCAUGACAUUGUGAAUGGAUUAAUGGAAUUUAUUACCAAAAACAAAAAAAUACAGCCAUGAAUAUACAGCAUCUUGCUAUAUAAUUAAAAACUAAUAUAUAUUUCAGUAUGAAUAACCUUUCGAUUAAAAUCUAUCUUAAAUAGAAAGUAUCUUUAGCUAGAUUUUUCCUCAAAAAGCAUUUAUUUUUUUUAAAGGGACACUGAACCCAAAUUUUUUCUUUCGUGAU